AUGAGAGUCCUACCCGUCUGCUGCCUCCUGCUCACACUCCUGAUAGCAGCUGAACAAGUAACAGCAGAUGGACAGUUUGUGAAGCUCUGCGGCAGGGAAUUCAUCAGGGCGGUGAUCUACACCUGCGGAGGAUCCCGCUGGAGGAGGCUUUUGUCUGGACAGCCCCAAGACAUGGCUGGCAGAGAAGACCUUUUCGCCGCGCACACCGUGGAUGAGGACUUGGUGGGACCAGUGGAAUAUCACGUGCAGAGAAUAAACUCUCAGAACCAGGAGAACCUGCAGGAAACAGAGUCUUCCGAGGAGUUCUGGGGGGCGAAGAAGAACCCGGCUCAAGAGCGACGCGACCUAAAUGAACUGCUGACAACGGCCUGCUGCAAAACCGGCUGCAAAAAGAAGGACUUGAGCUCCCUGUGCUAG